AUUGGUAGAAAAUACUGUACUUUUCGUUGUUCUUGUUGUGUAGGAACUGUUCAGUACCAUGUGAGACACAGAAGACGUCGUCAUGAUAUGCUUACUCUUUCAAGCUCGCGAGAUGUGUGUUUCGGAGUUAGAAAACUUGCUCUCAUUGUCUUAUGAGCUGUAGUAGCCCAGCCAUGACUCAAUGGAGCUCUUUCUUCUAUCUGGAUGACUGACUAGCAUGCCGACCCACACGGUGACCGUGCUGGCCGCUUUGUCGUUUUGUUUGGGUCGGUGCACUGUCUCCGAGUACCAGGGUUCGCAAUGUGACAAUGGGAAGCUGUUUGUGGAGAGGGACCUACCUCUAGAUGCUGCCUACAAGGGAUGUCCAGUUUCUGGUUGGCUUGACUCCAUUCAGAGGCUCCCCAGUGUUUACACAGUGUAUGAUCCCGAGCCCGCCAGGCAGAUCUGCAUGGAUAAACCCAUUUCCUAUCGCCACAGCAUCCCUAACAGUGGUGCAUACAGACCAGUCCGAGCAGAGAGUGGAGAAUACUUGUACUGCCCUCCUCAACGCUGGCUCAAUAAUCUGCAUCAUGGAGCGGCUGUAUUGCUCUACCAUCCCUGUGCUGCUGUCAGUGAGCGGCUCCUUGUGUCCGUCCUGGCCACCUCCUGUCUGCCUGACUACAUCAUCAGCCCACAUCCACAGCUCAGUAAAUCUAAGCCAAUAGCUUUGGUGUCUUGGGGGCAGACGUUGGAGCUGUCCACCGCAGCAUCGUCAGAUGUUUGUCAUUGGCUGCAGAGCACGACGACCACAAGUGAACGGAUCCGUGGAAAGUACAACCUGCUGCUGACCCAGUCAUCAGACCAGCAGAGACAGAAGCACACACAUGGAGAGGAAGGCCAGACAGAGCCUAAGGAGUCUCUGAGGCAAUGCUGUGAGCGGAUCAUCUCAUUGUGGCUCGAGGCGGAGAAAGAUUCCACCCUGAAGGACAGAAAUGGGGAAGAACGGCGACGUGAAUCAAGAAAGCGGCAGAAAAGAGCUGCUAUGCGGCCCAAACAGAACAACGUUGCAAUGAGGACCAUACAAUCCAACAGUUCAGCUCAGGCAUCCAGUGUUUUGACAAAGCCGAAACUAAAAAACAUCAUCAAUAAGCCUGAGAACACUUCAGACCACAACAACACACAUGGACCUCCAACAGCUUCUCCAGGGCAUGUGGCUCACUCAGAUCCCCUUCACCUGAGGACAGCGACAUCUCUGACCAUGAUCCAAAAUCAGGGUUUCUCAGCCUGGCCCCCAAACCGUUUAACGUCUAACAUGUUAGGGGCUACACAUAAGACACUACUUGGGGUUCCUGAGACUCAGAGAGACUGGCUUGAAGACGGUGCCAGCUCUCAAGUUAAAGGCUCAUUGGAGCAAAGAGAGCCCGCCAAAUAUGGUUCCACUGCACAGAUGUUGGAUAAUCAAGUAGUAGAUGUAAGAGAGAGACAGCUGGAGAAAGGUGACAGACACUCAUUAAAAGGGCAAGAUGAGUCUCCACCCUCAGAACAUUCCACAGCAGCGGCAGUAAAUUAUCUGCCUAACACCCAUGACUGUGGUAGCUGCGUGGAGAACCAACUGUGUGAUUGCAGUAAGGACCCUGAGGGCCGAGCCACGCUUGUGAGCAACGGGUUGCCGAGGACCCCCAGGUCAGACGAGGCGGUGUGGGCUGCAGCGGCACUGGGCUUCUUGCUUGUUCUCCUCACGCUGUCGGUGCUGCACACGCGCCUUUACCGCCACUGGAGGACCAUGCCUAGUCUCUACUGGCACGACGCACGGCAGGACUAUGACAGCGUGGCAGAUGUUAUUCGUAGGAGGCUGCAAAUUGCAAAGAGGAGGCGGAAGAGAGGCAGAAGACAGGAAUGUGCUCUCUUACCAAGUAGCUCCAGCUCGGAAGAACACAUGUAGACAUAUUGAGGAAUUCUUGCUUUGUUUGUGGACUUGCUGAAAUCAGAAGGAGGUUUUACAUUCUAAAUGAUGGAAUCACCGGUCUCGCAGGAUGAUCAUUCAGUUGUUUCAUUUUGUACAAAAAAAAAACAGAUCACAGACAUGACACAAAACGAAAGUCAUUUCAAGCGGCUUUAAGAAACAAAAUAGUGGUAGUUAGUAACUGUUACUUUUUUAGACCAAAGAGAGGGAAAAAAUUAUGGAAUCACUCAAUUCUGAGGAAAGCAUGAUGGAAUCAUGAAAAACAAAAAAAAGAACACUUCAACACACCAAUCGUACUUUGUUGCACCACCUCUAAGUUUUACAACAGCUUGCAGUCUCUGAGGCAUGGACUUAAUGAGUGACUGAUUGCUGUGGCCACAUCAGCUUUGUAGGCUGGAGCCUUGUCAUGGACCAUUUAAUUCAACUUUCACCACAGAUUUUCAAUUGGAUUGAGAUCUGGACUAUUUGCAGGCCAUGACAUUGACCUCAUGUGUCUUUCUCCAAGGAAUGUUUUCACAGUUUUUGCUCUAUGGCAAGAUGCAUUAUCAUCUUGAAAAAUGAUUUCAUCAUCCCCAAACAUCCUUUCAAUGGAUGGGAUGAGAAAAGUGUCCAAAACGUCAAAGUAAACUUAUGCUUUUAUUGAAGACGUAGAGAUGACAGCCAUCUGCCCAGUGCUUUUGUACCCGACAUGCAGCCCCAUGCCACCAAUGACCAAUGCCACCAUGUUUUCUUCAGGCAGUCGUCUUCAUAAAUCUCAUUGGAACGGCACCAAACAAAAGUUCCAGCAUCAUCAACUUGCCCAAUGCAGACUUGUGAUUCAUCACUGAAUAUGACUUUCAUUCAGUCAUCCACAGUCCACGACUGCGUUUCCUUACCUCUUUGUAACCUUGUUUUUUUUUCUGUUUAGGUGUUAGCUUUUCUGUGUGUAAAUCCCAUUUCCUGUAGCCGCUUUCUUACAGUUCGGUUACAGACGUUGACUGCAUUUUCCUCCAAUUUGUUCCUCACGUGUUUUGCUGUGCAUUUUCUGUUUUCAAGACAUAUUGCUUGAAGUUUUCUGUCUUGACGCUUUGAUGUCUUCCUUGGUCUACCAGUAUGCCUGCCUUUAACAACCUCCCCAUGCUGUUUGUACUUGGUACAGAUUUUACACACAGCUGACUGUGAACAACCAACAUCUUUUGCAACAUUGCGUGAUGAUUUACCUUCUUUAAGAAGUUGGAUAAUCCUCUCCUUUGUUUCAAGUGACAUCUCUCAUUAGGCCUGUCACGAUCCUGAUCAUAAUCGAACGAUUAAAAAAAAUGAGGUCGAUAAUUUAGACGGCGUUGAUAAAUUGGCAUGUGCAUAUAAGCCUGUUCCUUUUCCUCGUUUUGCUGUACCACACAGGCUGGAUGACGAAAGGGUUUACUCUCCAUGUGUCAAAAGGUACAAAAACGAUAGUUUGUAAGCCAAAUGCCACAGCUCCGGUGUGGAUGUGCAGCAGAGCCUUCGUCCCGACAGUCAACACUUAUUAAGGCGUUUGGUUGGCGAAGUAAAUAUAAAACGAAACAGCGCAAAGUGGUGCGCGCUCACAGACAGUGUCGCUCGCUUCGUCCCCCCCCCCAUGAGGGAAAGAGCACAGUGGGUGAGCUUGAGGAAAGGAAAGCUUUCAUUGACCUGCUGAAACGCAUGCUGCACGUGGACGGGCUUCAGAGAAUCUCUGCCGCAGAAGCCUUGCAGCAUCCUUUCAUCACAACGGCACACCAUGCCAACCCUGCCAGCAGGAGUCUGGUGACACACAAAGACACCACAUUGUUUGAUGUAGAGCAGAUCUUUGCCUCACAUCGAAAGGGUGGCAGUGGAUCCAAAAAGAACAUCUUGAGGACUAUUUUCAGAUCUCAACAGCAAUCUUUCAUCAGUGUCCUUUCAUCACAAUCGCUCACCUGGCCAACAGGAGCCAGCUGACACACAAAAACAUCUUGCCUGAUGAACAGCAGAUCUCAAAUGGAUACAACAGGAGCAUCUUGAGGAGGAUUCACAGAUUCUUCUCUCAAAUCCUCUCCUUGUUCUAUCACAGGCCCACGUUGAUGGACUGAUUACUUCUACAAAUGCAUCACUUACAGCGUCAACUUUGCAAAUACUUGUUAAAUUUACAUUAUUAUUUCUAGUCAAAUGUUCUAUAUUUUGUUAAAGAAUCAAUAAAUAUUACAAUCAAAUGUUCUAAGAAUCAAUUAAUAUUUUCAUUGAUGCAGUCAAUGUAUGCCUGCUAUCAAUGAAACGUAUGGUAUCAUGGAGGGGUCAUGUGAUCAUAAGGCAUUAGAUCGUACAAUCUCUCCAUCCGCCCCAAAAAUGUCACUGCCAUUAAUCAGAUACUAUAACUAAGAACAAUAUGCAACAUAAAUGACAGUCAAUAUAUAAAAUAAAAUGUUGCAAAUAAUAACCGCGGCAAAAAAUUAGUCCUGCCGGUGUGAAUUUAUACUGUAGGUAAUAUUUUAGAAAAACACCAUUCAAUAUUUGUUGCUUGUACAAAAAUAAGUGAGAAUUAAAAGUAAUGUAGGUCAAAAUAUGUGACGCUAUUUGGGCAAAACAUCCACAUCUUAGCUUUCUGUUGUCGGUAACAAAGCAAAAGUGUAAUAUCUUGAGUUCAGACAUGCUAAACAAGUUACAUUAACCCUCUAAAACACAGCAUCACAAAUUCGUUCCAGAAUGUCUGGCUCUAACUUAAAUGGACGCUAACCGAAUACAUUUUGCCCAUAAGAAGUAAGGUAAAUCCAAUUAAUCUGUUCCAGAAAACCCAAAAUGUUGACACAAAACACGUUUUUAUAGUUUUAGUUUGACAGGCAGAAUGCAUAGAAAUGACGAACGAAAGGGUUAAAAAAAAGGGUUACUUUUCAGCUAAUAGCCUGAUGCCACAAUGAUGUAUUCCUGGCUUGUUUGAUAUGAAUCCAUUCAGGAAAUAUCGUAACAACAGUCGAAUUGUAAAUUUUGACAACCUAUUAAAGCACUGGAAUUGUUAAAUAGGUUUAAAAUUACCUUUAGUCGCAAAAAUACGCCUUUGGGAAUUGGCAAGCUCCUCGACAUCUUACCGGAUACGCUGCCAUUUUGGGGCAUCCUGGGAAAGUCACGACACCCACAGUUUACUACUUAAUAAAAGUCAAGCGCAAGGAAAGUAGGACACAUUUAACCUCCCGAGAACCAGAUGUAUAGGAGUACUGGUAAUAGUUGUACCAGCAAGUCCUCAUGUCCACUUCAGAGAACACUGGACAACAAUUAUCUUAAUUACUGUAUGUUACUAGAACCACCAGAAUUUGCAUUCGAAACAAACACGCCUUGCAUAACAGAGAAAAGAAACCAACCCAACCACAGACAAUUAACUUGUUUUUAUUAUUUUAUUACAAAUGUACAGCUUAUGAGUUUCC